GACAUAUUUAUCUCUUAUUUUCCUCGUUGCAUUCGUCUACGAUGUUUUGUAUGCCUCUUCGAACACAAACUAAACGACAACUCGAUUCACGAUCUCCUUGACUCCAGUAUCCCACUACCGCACCAUUCGAACGCAUCUACAUUAUACGGAAAUUGUAAACGUGUUUCGAGGCGUUUUCAUAGAGAACUGGUCAGUGAGGAUUCGGGAGGCUGUAAGUGCGUAAAUUUCCGAGGAUUAACAUAUUAAAUAUUCGAAGUCGGUCGCCGCGGCAUUUCGGACCAUUAAGAAUACUUUUGUUAAGAAUGCCUCAAGAAAGUGUCAGAAAUAAAUAAGAAUAAACAAUAAAUAAAUAAAUAAAUAAAAAUUCGUAAAUGAGAAGAUAUUGAAGAAAUAAUUUCAGAAGAUGAUUAAAAUUUCUAUCUUGAUUACGUUUCUGUCUUAUCUACUUCAUACUGUGGUACAAGUACAAUCAUAUUCUUGCUUGGAUUAUUUUACAUUUGCGUCCGAAUCUGGGCCAGUAUUCGGACAUAUUGAAAUCCCACCUCCGCAACCAAAUGAAGAAUUCUAUUUAAGAGUGGCCCUACAAAUCAAUGAUAAUCCCUAUGAGAAACCAGAGUCGGUUUACUCUGAACUGAGUUUGGCAAAAUCUGUAACAGAAUCCGUUCGAGCUGUUCAACAAGGCAAACCUUUGCUGUAUAAUAUUUAUUUUAUUUCGCGCCGAUUGUAUCCAACAGUGGAAGCGAUAUGGUUUAACGAGGAACGAUAUUGUCCGGGUCCCGAUAGAAGUGGAAAGCUUAACGCUACUAUCGAGUUAAAUCAUAUUGUGUAUGCACCAGACGAAUCUUCACUAAAUUCAUUGUAUCGAAACUAUACUGCGUUCCGUAUGACCAACCCGCCUCUUGAAUAUCUAAACUUCCCAACCCGGAUUUACAUCAGACAACAGACCACUACAUUGGCGACAGGAAUUGGAUUCGCUAACACUCAAGAAGAGUUGAAUAAAACGAGUUCAUCAUUACAAUUUUGGGAUCCAACAAUGGGAUUCAAUAACGAUAGCUCUACUAAUAAUAACGAUAAUACUGAUAAUGAUAAAAAGAGUUCAUCACCGCAUUCAACAGUGGCAUUCAAUAACGAUAACUCUACUAAUAAUAAUGAUAUUAUUAACAGCAAUGAAUGCGGUCGCAUUUAUCAGAUGAGCGCCGGAGAUAUAAGUAGUCGCAUUAAUCAAGCCGCCGGGAAUGUAAACCUUUUAAUCACUAAAGGGAAGAAGACGUUGCCUGGCCAAUGGCCGUGGGUGGUGGCACUGUUCAUUGUAAGAAUUAUAUACGAGUUUCAGUGUGCUGGUAGCCUUUUGACAACCAGGCAUGUUCUAACAGCGGCGCACUGCUUGAAACACAACACCACUAGCAAUAACGACAUACCCUCUAAUGUGCUGACGGUGGCCUUGGGACGAUUUAAGUUGCACCAGUGGCGUGAGGAGGGAACCCUAAAUCUGUAUGUCGCGAGCUACAAGAUUCAUCCCGAUUACGCGCACUCGUCCAGCGGCGACUCCGAUAUGGCGAUUUUGAUCCUCAGAACGCCCGCCGAGUAUAAUCCUUUCAUCAAGCCUAUUUGUUUAUGGUCCGGUCCGAUCGAACUUCAGAGCGUUGUCGAUAGAUCAGGAUUUGUCGUGGGAUGGGGUCAAGACGAGCUCGGUCAUCCUUACACCGAGGAUCCACGGAUGGUUAAGGCGCCGAUAGUGAGUCAAGAGGACUGUCUAUGGAGCGAUCCGUCUUUCGUUAGACUCACCUCGCAGCGCACCUUUUGCGCUGGUGCACGAGACGGAAGCAGUCCUUGCAACGGUGACAGCGGGAGCGGACUGGUAAUUUUAAACGCUACUACAAACCGUUAUGAACUGCGCGGCAUCGUUUCGCGAUCGGUAACUGGCGAUCAAAUGUUGUGCGAUUCCACGAAGUACGUCGUCUACGUCGAUAUAGCCAAAUUUCUACCCUGGAUUCGAGAGCAGAUCUCUACUACGUAACGCCGGCUCUCGCUGCAGAGCACAAAAUGUGUUAGUCAGCAAGCAUUUUAUGUAAGGUUUAUUCAAUGCUCGGGAUACUUGUGUAGAAUAACGUAAUUGAUUUUCCCCUGUAAUACAUUUGUCACAAUAAUAAAACAGAAUAGGUAUAUAAGUGAAUGUAAAUGUAAAUUAUCUUAUAGUGAACUUUCAAUUUUAGUACAAUUAUAAUAUUUAAUUUAAUUAGGAAUAAAUCAAUAUCAUGAUAUGUGUUAUAUAAUAUACUUAUACGCUUAAUCAAUAUCUUUUGAAGAUUAUAAAAAAAUAUUUCUA